UGAAUGUUUUGUAUACAAUGCAAACGAUUACAUUUAAAUUGAAAUCUGAAAUUAUAAUGAAGCCUUCUUAAACUUCCUUACCAUUUUUAUUCAUAAUUAGAAUGCAAAGUACCAGGAUUUUUUUAGUACGUUCAGUCUUGAUGAGGCUAGUUUUGACACAGACAUAUCGUAAAAAGUUAAUUGUAUGUAGAGAUAACAGUAAGAAAAAUCAAUUCCCUCUUAUAGGGAUAGCGGCCUUAGGUUUCUUGUGGUCAAGAUCUGAAGAGAAAACUGAAAAAAAAGAAAAUGUUAAUACAGUCUUAGAAAAAUCUGAUGAGGAGUUUGAGAAUGGUCGUUAUGAAGAUUGUUACCAAACUUUAAUGUUAAGUAAGUUUCAUGAUAAUGUUGAAGUUAGGUGGCGUAUUUGUCGAGCACUUUACAAUUUGUCAAGAGAUUUAAAAUUUGACGAAAAUUAUAGAAAAGGUCUUAUUAAACAAGCAUAUGAAAUAAUAGAGAAGGAAGUCACUAUAUCUCCAAACCAUUACGCUGUCCACAAAUGGUUUGCUCUCAUUUUAGAAGCCAAAACUAGUUAUGAAGGGUAUAAAGAGAGAAUUAAAAACCUUGAAAACAUAAAACAACAUAUGGAUCUAGCAGUUAUAUUAAAUCCAAAUGAUGCUACAACUUUUCAUAUGCUUGGGGAAUGGUGUUUUCAAAUUACUGAAAUGCCUUGGCAUCAUAGAAGAACAGCUGAAGUUCUUUUUGCCUCUCUUCCUACAUCAAAUUAUGAAGACGCUCUUGAAUAUUUUUUGAAAGCAGAGACAGUACAACCUAGAUUUUACAGUAUGAAUUUAUUAAGGAUCGGUAUUUGUUAUUUAAAACUGAACAGACCGGACCAGGCUAAAUACUAUUUACAACUGGCGGCCAUUUAUCCUGCUAAAUCAAAUGAAGAUCAUCAAGCUAAUAAGGAAGCUACAGAAUUAUUGAAAAAGAUUAAAUGAAUUUAUUCUAUCUCUGUUUAAAAUCACCUAUAAAGGUUUUGGGCUCUUGAAAAAGAUAAUUAGUUCACUAAGAUUAAGGUGGAUGUAUUUAAUAGUUAAUUAUGACCUAGUC